GCCCAGGGACUCAUUAGGACGAUGGAAUAUCAUUCUAAUACAGACAAUUUGGAUGAGGAGGGAUAUACUCGAUUAGACUUCCAUUCUCGAGGCAUCUCCCAGAAACCUAUAAUCUCAGAGAAAGGAAAAUGUGCUUCAUCUUCUCGUUGGUGUUUCAUUGCUGUAACCUUGGGGAUAUUAUUCUUGAUAACACUGGGGAUAGCUGUGGUUCUGGGCAUUCUGGCUAUCUGGAGCUCUAAUUCAGGGAGAAACCCGUUGGAGAACACCAGCUUUCCAACCAGAAGGAACCCAAGCCAGAGCCAACCCACAAAAUCAUCCCUAGAAGAGAGUGUGACCUCUACCAAGUCUCUCAGGACCCGAGGGGUUACUUCCAGCUCUUGUCCCCCAAGGUGGAUUUUAUAUGAGAAGAGUUGUUAUCUGUUUAGACUGUCACUAGAUUCCUGGGAUAUGAGCAAAGAAAAAUGCUCUCUGGAGCACUCUAGUCUUCUGAAGAUAGAUGACCUAAGAGAAUUGGACUUUAUAACAAGUCAAACAUCUUUGCAACCUUAUCAUUCAUUUUGGAUAGGACUUUCUCGUCCUCAGGCUGAGAGAGGUUGGCUCUGGGAAGAUGGCUCAGCAUUCUCUAACGUGUUCCAAGUACCCAAUACAGUUACGAACAAGAAUGUGUUCCCCAUUUGUGCGUGGGUUCAUCAGGCACUCAUUUAUGAUCAACUCUGUAAUGUCUCCUCAUACAGUAUCUGCGAGAAAGAACUGGAAAACUAAUGGAGGAGAGAAUGGAGAAGCAGUGAGAAACUGUGGGAGAGAUUUCAAAAUAAAACAAAAUACAACAGAAAACUGAAGUCAAAAUAAAUGCUGAAAUUUU